GAGACUUGAUAUUAACCCAUACACUUCCCUUUCUUUUUUCUCUCUCUUUGACUUCGUCACUCUCUUCUUCUUUCUUUUCCACCUCUCCAUUUUUCUUUCUAUAUAUCUUUAUUUCUCAUUCUUUCCUCAUUCAUCUUCGUUCCUAUCUUUUUACUACUACAAUUAUGACAUCUUCUCAAUAAUGAAUUCUAGAGAAUUGAACAUGAUGAAAUUUCCAAUGAGUUUAAUUAGCACUUGGUCUGAUGAUCACGAUGAUAAUGAUCAAGAUCACGAACAUGAAGAUGAUCAUCACCGUCCUCGUGUUAUUGUCGAUGAAGUCGAUUUUUUCUCGGAUAGAAAGGAGAAAUCAUCGUCGCCGGAUGAUCAUGUUUCCGGCGAGAAUAAUCAGAUUUAUGAUCCUCAUUGCAAUCUCGAUGCUGACCAUGUCAACACCGGUUUGCAACUGCUGAUUACUAAUAUUGGAAGUGAGUUGGAGGAUGAAACUGCAAUAAAUGGUGGAGAUAAACAUGUCAAGAAUCUUCAGUUUCAGUUGCAAGAAGAGCUUAGACUUAAGAAUGUAGAAAAUCAACGGUUGAAGGAGAAGCUAAGUGAUUUGCAAAUGCGUUAUGUGUCUUUAAUGCAACAGAAUCAACGAAAUGAAGCUUCGGAAAAUGAGACUGUGAAUGGAAAAGCUGAGGGGGGAGAUUCUGUGUCUAGGAAGUUUGUGAGUGGUUCAACAUCAGAAGUAGUUGAUCCAAAAGUAUUACAUUCUCCUAAUUUGGAUGAAAGAAAGCGAUCAAAGUCGCCUCGGAACAACAAUAAAACUGAUCAGAAAGAGCCUGAUCCAGAAUCAACAGAUCAACUGGUACAAGUUUGGGAGCCAAAUAAACUUCCAAGAUUAAACCCUUCCAAUGCCACUGAUCAGGCUGCUGCUGAAGCUACUAUGAGAAAAGCACGCGUCUCGGUUCGUGCCCGAUCAGAAGCCCACAUGAUCAAUGAUGGCUGCCAAUGGCGAAAAUAUGGACAGAAAAUGGCAAAGGGAAACCCUUGUCCUCGAGCAUAUUACCGAUGCACAAUGGCAGUCGGUUGCCCCGUUCGCAAGCAAGUUCAGCGUUGUGCUGAGGACAAAACAAUUCUGAUAACAACAUAUGAAGGGACACACAGUCAUCCACUGCCACCUGCUGCUAUGCCGAUGGCGUCAACCACCGCAGCCGCUGCCACCGUCUUACUAUCUGGAUCAAUGUCAAGUGCUGAUGGGGUGGUGAACCCAAAUUUACUAUCUAGAAUUCUUCCAAACUGCUCUUCCAGCAUGGCCACACUCUCAGCAACAGCACCAUUUCCUACUGUCACACUAGACCUCACACAUGACAACACAGAUAAUAACAAUAACCAAACUUCCCAUUCCCAAUUUCAUCUUGGACAGCCUCAAAACUUUGGAUCAGGACAAUUACCACAAGUCAUUGCACAAGCACUUUAUAACCAAUCCAAAUUCUCUGGCCUUCAACUGUCUCAAGAUGUUGGAGGCUCUUCCCAAUUGCACUCAUCUCAACAAGCUUCAUCACUCAGUGCUGCCAUCACUGCUGAUCCAAACUUCACCGCAGCAAUCGCCGCCGCUAUCUCCACCAUAAUUGGUGCUGGUUCUCCCAACAACAACAGCAACAACAACAAUCCUAAUAUCCUCAACAGUGCUGCUUACAAUCAGUAGUUUUUUUUUUCUUUCAGGAAACUAUAAACUCUUUGGUUCUAUAUUUGGAUUUAGUUAUAUUUUUCUUGCAAUUAUUUUUUUAUUUUUUAAAAAAGAAAGUGUUUGAAGCAAAAUGAAUUUGUGGAUGUUCAUAUUGCUUUUGCUCACUAGGUUUUGGAAUACAACAUUUCUUUCGUUCUUCAUUGUUUCAUUUUUUAUUUUUAUAGAAAGCAUUGUUUCAUCUUCAUUAUCUACCCAAGAAAUAAUAACUAUAGUAUUCAAUUUUUUCAUUUUAUUUAUUCUUUUUUAAACUUGGUCUCCUUAUUAUUAGUUAACUUAACCUACAUUCUAAAAAUAUUUAAAACAACAUGCAGUCCAUGAAGCCCUAAAAAUGCGCCUAAAGCUAUAUAAAUAAUGUGGGGAGAAAGUAAUAGUUUUUUCCAUUGGUCAAGAAACACUGCUCUCUUAAUAUAUACAUUGAAUUGAGUCAUGGAGGUUCACGCCAA